UUGUUGACUCUAGAAAGCGUCUGCGCAAACGUCUGUUUUUAAGAAACAUAAGUGACUAUGUUUCUGUACAUAAUCGCAGUAACUCGCAUAUCUAACUUUUGCAGAAGAGUUUUAAAGAUGUCAACUUGAUGAAUCCAAAAAUUUCGAAACGUUUCUAAUGGAUGAUCGAAAUUUAUAAAAAAACAACGUUCUGUAACAAAGGCCUCCAAACUUUUUCUAUAUAACUAUGGAUAUGAAUAUUGCAAUUAUUGUCAUAACUAUAUAGCCUGAAAUAAUCAACAGAAGACGUUAUACUUGUCCAUUUGGUUUUAUUAAAUGCUUUUCAAUCACUAAAUAAAACGUCUUUCCAAUUUUAGUGCAAUUUAAAAACCCGAAGCCCAACAAAUGUGAAAAAAAAGUACUUUCUCUAUUAUAUUUUGGCUCAUGAAUGUUUUAAGUGAUUCCACUGAAGUGAAAAUGAAAUUUUAAAGAACAACAGUCAGCAAACUAAAAAAUUUCCUAAUUCAUGUAAUUAAAAGAUGGCUCACAAGGGAGCAGCUUUUAAAAUAAUUGAUCAUUUUUUUAAAAAUGAAUCAUCAAAAAACCUAAAGAGUAGAUUAUAUCUUUCAGAAAACUGUAAACUGUUUCCAGAAAAUGCUUAUUUAUGCUCUUCCAAUGUUUCACGUAUGACUAAAUUUACAAAUUGGACUGAGCCGCAUUGUUCAUAUAUUGAAGGACAUGAAAUUCGAAAUGUUUUAGUGACAUUUUUUGUCAUGUUAAUUGUGUGCAUAUCUUUAUUUGGUAAUUCCAUUUUAUGUAAGAUUGUUUUUUUUACAAAACGCAGAUCUGCAACGAAUAUAUUUAUAGGAAAUAUCUCUAUCUCUGAUAUUUUAUUGACUGUCAUCAAUGUACCAAUGCAAUUUAUUAGCCUUGUAUUACUUAACUGGCCUUUAGGUUUAGUCAUGUGCAAAAGUAUGAGGUUUGUCCAAAAUUUAUCAGUUACAACAUCAUCUUUCACAAUGGCUUGCAUUGCUUUACACAGAUACUAUUUGAUAGCACACCCAUUAAAAGCUAAGCCAACAUUGAAAACAACAAUCAGAGAACUAGCUUUUAUUUGGAUUUUAGCAGCAAUGAUAUCACUUCCGUAUGUUUUUAUGGCCCAAAUUCAGAUAACAUAUUCAUGUCAAAAGUUAAUUCGCUGCAAUAUAUUUUAUCCCGAGCCUAAACAUCAAAAUCGAAAAAUAUUUACUUUACUAUCGUUUUUUCUGUCCUAUAUAAUACCUCUUGCUUUAAGUGCUAUUGCAUAUAUUCAAAUUUGCAAAAUUAUCAUGAAAAGAAACAUAGUUGGCUUUGUAACACGUGACCAAAUAAUCUAUCAUAAGGCAGCUAAACUGAAGACCAUUAAGCUGUUGGUAUCUGUUUUAAUAACAUUUGCAUUAUGUUGGCUACCAAUAAAUAUAUAUCAUAUCUACCGUGAUUUCUCAAAACCAUUUAUUGAGAAACACAACUCAAGUAUAUAUGUAAUUUGUCACAUGAUUGCAAUGAGUAGUGUAUGUUUUAACCCAUUUAUUUACUUUUGGAUGAAUAAGAAGUUUAAAAAAAGUAUGAAAACUUAUUUGAAAAAUAUACUCAAUGCUGGGAAAAUUCAAAAUUGCAGACCGUUUACCUUAAUUUCUAAAAGACUACACAGUUAUCAAGCUGUACAAAAUGACACAGCACUCCAAAAUGAAGAUUGUAAUAAUCAUUUUAAAGCAACUGAAAUGCAACGAAUAUCAGAGGAAAUGAAGAGCAAAAGAAAGCAAAACUGUGUUCCUCCAAAACUUGUUUCAAGAAUAAAUCCAAAUUUUUUUUCAUCUCUGCCAAAUAUUCAUGAAAUAUGCGAAAAUCGAAGUUCUAGGAAAAAACAUAGAAAUUUAUUUGCAUCAAUAACUUCUACCAAUAUUUGUGAAACUUCAGUGUAACUAUAACAUUUUAAUCAUUUGUACUGUUAUAAAAAAGUAGUUACAUUCUUUACAUAGACGAGAAAAUCCUGCAAUUUUAUUUGCCUGAACCUAGAUAUUUGAUGUUUGAAUGAAGAUCACCAGUAGAUAUUGUUAUAAGUGUUUGUAUUUUCUUAAUUACUAAUAAAAUGCUUAAUUAUUUAGUUGAAA